AUGGCAAAGGAAACAAUAAAAAAGACAAACGUGGAAUGGUCGACAAAUAUAAGUUGUUUUUUAUUUUCUAUUUUGACAUUUUUUAUAAGAAAUACUUGGAACGGCUUGCUAUACCAAAUUUUAGUUUUUGCUCGAAUUUUAUGUCAGAAUAUUGUAUCCAAAAUGACUACGACCUGCAGCUGCCGUGAUGCUCAAAUUGUCGAAGGAAUAUUUGGUGAAAUUUACCCAGGGUCCUUUCAGUCGGCGUCAGGAGAUGCUGAAUAUGGUUCAAUAAGUAAAGAUGUUGGGAGUUUAGCGCCAGUGAAAAUCAAGUCGUACACAUUGACCAAUAAUAAUCGCAUGCAAGUUGUCCUUAUUACUUGGGGAGCUACAAUUGUGUCGCUAACGUGUCCAGACAAGUUUGGAUCAUCAGCAGACGUAGUGAUGGGCUUUGAUGAUUUGGACAGCUACAUGGAUCCUAAUUUGAAUCUAUUUUUUGGAUCUGUGCUUGGUAGAUGUGCCAAUCGCAUAAAAGAUGGCAUGUUUUCCAUCAAGGACAGAGAUUUUCAGUUAUCAAAGAAUGAUAACAAUGUGCACCAUUUGCAUGGAGGUCUAAACGGAUUUGGUCGACAAGUAUGGGAUGGACAUAUCGAUGGUUGUACUGUUGUAAUGACGUACCUCAGCAAAGAUGGGGAGGAAGGAUAUCCAGGGGAUGUGCUCGCAACUGUACGGUUCAAGCUGACACCUGACAAUAGAUUGGAAAUUAGUAUGCGGGCUAUCACGUCCAAGUCUACAAUCGUCAAUAUGUCACACGGAUCCUACUUCAACUUGGCUGGACACGCUGCUGGUGUCAAGGAGUUGAACAAGCACAGAAUAUCCUUAAAUUGCGAUCGAUGGACUUUUGCUGAUUAUACAGACCCAGUCCCAACAGGUGCUAUACGUGGAGUAGGUGGGACUGUGAUGGACCUCAGGAUCCCUCAAAUUUUAGGAGACUGUCUGAGCAAGGUACCACCCGGAGAUGGUUACGAUCAUAACUUUUGUGUAUUACGAAGCUGGCAACCUGGAACUUUAUUUGUUGCACGGGCUCUCCACCCACCAUCUGGGAGAAUACUAGAAGUAUACUCUGAUCAACCUGGGGUACAGUUUUAUACGGGAGGCCGCCUGCCACCUCAGACGCCAUCCGAUAUCCAAUUAUCGUACGAUAUUUGCCCACAAAAACAGGAACAGAUUGAGAAAUCUGUGGAAGCAGAGCAACUAGAGGAUUGUUACGACGAAAUUAUUGGAGAGGGAGAUGAAGAUGGGGAUGAAGAGACAUUUAAAGAUUAUGAAUCCCAACCACCUCCAAUACUUGAGUUUAUUCCUGGAAAAAAACAUGCUGAGUAUAGAAAGCAUGGAGCAUUUUGCAUACAGCCACAAAACUAUCCCAACGCUAUAAACCAUAAACACUUUCCAUGUUCAAUUCUUCGUCCAGGCCAAGUAUACUAUCAUGAUUUAAUUUACAAAUUUGGAGUUCAACUAGGAAACUACAUGUAGAUAGA